AGACGAGUAGCAGUGGUGGUGGUGGUGGUGAUGGAACAAUUCGUCGUGAAAGUGAGCCCCCUACCGAACCCAGGGGACGGAGAAAGUUGUCAAGGAGUCCACGACACAACAAAAACUGGCAGCAUCAUCAUCAUGUCGAAAAACGAGCGAUUGUUUGUGAGCAUAGCUUACAGACGUACAUGUGCUCCCAGUUGAAGUAUGUAGUAAAUCAACAAGGGACAUUAUUACUAUUGAGUUUCUGGUUGUGCAAUAAAUUGUGAUUCGCUACACAAAAAACCAGCCUUUAAAACUGUCAACCUCGGAAUAUUCUGGUUGCAACAUGGGCAAUUGUUUGCGUCUUGGGAUUUCAAAAAUUGGUCUAGCGUGGACAAAACGGAGGAUGAAAACUUCCAAUAAGAAAAACUCAAUUUCUCUCCUGAUUUUGGGAACUCAGGCCGUAGGAAAGACGACAAUCGCACUGAGAUUAUGGAAGUUCAAACGAACCCUGCCGGAUUUAAACUACGUUCAGACCAAGGGAUUUAACACGUACGCCAUUCGGAGGAAGAAUAAAAGUAUAAUCAACCUUUACGACCUUGGAGGACACCCUUCCAUCCAAGAGCUCUGGGAUCACUAUUAUGCCGACGCACACGGAGUCAUCUUUGUCGUUGACGUGAGUGAUCAGGCGUCCCUGGUUGAUGCCGGAGCAGUCUUUGCAAAAGUCAUCAACGAUGAGCGGGUUCGAGGAAAGCCGAUUUUACUUUUGGCGAACAAACAAGACCUUGGCGGUGCGUCAGAGGUGGAGUUGGACAGUCUGAUGAAUCUGCAAGAAGUUGUGAACACGGCCAGAUGUUUGACUAGGCUGGAUGAAUCUGCAGCCACAGAUUUGAAAAACGACAAAGGGAUUUUCGACGGAUUUAGGUGGUUGGUUUCACAUAUCGAGAAUCAUUACCACGAGCUCAACGACCGAGUGAUGAAUGACACACUAGACGAAAAAAAUCGAGAAAAAGCACGCAGAGCUGCAAUAAUACAGGAACAAAUGGACCAAUCUUCCGCCGUCCUCACGAACAACAUACAUCACUCAUCGGAUCGGCCAUCUAGUCAAAAGUCUCUCGUGUCUAGGACGUUUAUACGAGAAGAAAGUUCAAUAGAUUUGCAGGAGCUGACCAAUGAUCGUCAUCCGACCGGCGGCAGAAGUGGCGGUGGAAUUCAGAGGCCAAAUUUAGAAACCUUUAGGAUGGACUCAGUUCCAAAGACAACUACAACGACAAACUACCUAAUUAAAUCUCGACCUAAUAGUUCCCUUGGGGAGCAACAUAACCCUUUCUUCCUUCAGAGAAAUGUCUCCACAGCUCCAGCCGACAAAAGACGAAGCCUGCCAAUUCUUCAUCCAAUAAGUGGAAAAAAUGUGACGUUUGGCAACCGUUUCUUUCUACAUGCACCGAGCAAUAAUGGGGGCAGCUCGCAAAUGAGCGCCGCCAUUGACCCAUUCAUGGUUGACGGCGGUGGCAAAUUUUCUGCACGAGAAGCAACCCCCUCUGCUCCAAUGUCCUCGUCGAGCAGUGGUGGUGUGAGCGCUGUCACGGGUCGACUUUCUCCAGAGGGUGCUGAUUCUGAUGAAGGAAUUAUCAAUCACGCAUUUGAUGAUAAGACUGAAACAGGUUUAAGCGAAGUAGCCAAAUGCAACGGUAUGAUGACAGACACUCGAAAUAUUGUAAUGAUGCCAACCGUUGUGACUGAUGACGCUCAACAGUUGCUGAUCGAGACUGGAAAUGAAUUCCAGUUUCCUUCCCCGGACAAAUUUAGAAAAUUGGUGCGGACAGAGUCAUCUGAUACGGAAGUUAGUCAGAGGGCAGGGGAAAUUCUAAUGGUAACCACGCUGGCUCAAGUUCACCAAGAUGACAUAUCGUCAACAUAUCGGGGCCGGAGAGGUUCCACAACGUCCACCCACGAUUCCGUCGCUUUAUCUCUCUCCUCAUUCAAGUCUGAGGAUACCAUGAGCGUCAUGGAAGGUUGGCGAGAUGAGGACGAGACUCAAUCACGAAGUAAGCAGAGUCACGUCACGAAUAGCAGAGGGACGACCCCACCCACCUACGCAGCUCCGCAAAACCACUACCACCACCCUUACUCCCAGCUAGGAGAUCCCGUCAAGUCUAAAGGUAAGGCUCCAAGAGAAAACUACCACCGAACCUUCCUUCCAAAAGACAAGGAACAAAAAUCCAGGUUGCGAGUGGGCAAAGGGAAAAACAAGACGGCUCCAUUACCUGAGAUGACUAUUUCUACUAUUUCUUCUCAAACCCAACCAGCGUCCACCUCCACCGUGGCGAACACCUCUUCCUCUGCACCGUUAAAAACAUCAGCCAACAGCGGUAGAAAUAACCAUGCGAUGCCCUUGAAUAGUAGAAAAAGUCGUGAAAAUGUUUUCAAUGCCGGUCCUGCUGGAGGACCCGGAGGAACGAGUAAAUUGAAGAAGAAAAGUGGCUUUUCAGAUUCUCUAGAGACCAACUCCAGCUCCCAAUUUGCUAGAAGACCUCAAACGGUUCUACCGCCGCAAACAACCAGCAGGACGACAGAUUAAAAAAAUAUUGGGGAGACCCAUUCGCCUCCCUUCUGGCUGUAUGUGUCUCAUCUGAAUUCUGAGAUUGACGGUUGUACAACCAGAUCCAAGGUAUUUCGAGCGAGGAGAAAGUGGAGAUGGAGAAAGUGGAUCCAAUCCAGAAGCGAAUAAUACGUUUUGUAGGAAUAGCAAGAAGCGAGGGCUGCAAUGCAAUAUUUAGAGGCAAUAUUGAUACGCUUCUUCUUUACAGGUGACACAAUAGUGUGCAGUACUUACUUCUUUUCAAACGUGCCAGAUGGGUGUUAUAUGCAUAAAUAAUUUCGUGUUUUCUACGUGUUUCGAGCGCCAGAUUGGGGCUCGAAAGCUACAUUAUUCAAGAGGAGAGGCAGCAAGGUGGUUAAUGAUAGUAAUGCUCUUUUGCUUACACUUUUGCAGUAAUUUCUCCUUCUCGCCUUUCAAAGACGAACAAAAGCUGACUGUGUCAUCAAAUAGAAUAAUAUCCGCGAACAGGCUGCAUAAGCCAAAUAAAAGACUUUAGUACGAGAAACAAAGGCGAUUAAUUUUCUAAAUGACAUUCUUUUUUGCAUUCUUCCUUUAGUUUCAUCAUAUACGAAAUCCAUACUGAUAAAAAUCUCGUAUCAGUGUAAGAAUAUACCAUCGAAAUGCAGUGAGAAAUUACAUAAUAGCAAUAAUAAUCAGUAACGUGAGACAAGUCUUAAUCCCUAUUAAAUACAUGUAAUUAUUCAUUAGUGAAGCUUAAAUUUUGUUCCAUGCGAAAUAAGUACUGAAAUUCAGUAGAAACCUAAUGUAAAUAGGUAAUAAAUAAGAUGUAUGAGUACAAACGCUGCUAAAAUUGGAAAAAUUGCACAUUUUGUUAAUAUUUUAGAUUAUAUAUAUCUAUUUGUAUAUAAUUUAUUUUUACUUAAGAACUCCUGAGUAAAUAAAAAAUAUGUUACUUG